GCCAAGUUGAAAAAUUCCCAAAUCACAAUUCACGGCUAAUUGCAAAAUAUCUUGCUAAGUAAAAAGUACUCUGUAUUCCUUAGGCGGCCGCACUAGAACUUUGUUUGCUUAGUUUGGAUUCCAGAACAGAUGAACUCCAAAAUCCGGAAGAAGAAUACAACCACAAAGGAAGCAAAAAAGCAAAGAAUAAAGGUUUCAGUUUAGCCGGAUAUAAUUCCUAAUACUAAUACUUAGUAUUUUUUCUGCGGAGGCCCCAUUGGCAUGUGAGGCCCAAGGCAUUUGCCUUGGCCAACUGCCCCUAAAUCCGCUUCUGCCCAAGGGCACCUGUAGACAUGGAGUCUAAAAGGUAUAGACUAAGAAGUGCUACUGAACUCAUUGGUGAAUAUUCUCAUACUUCUGAAAAAGAAGUUAGAAGAGCCUUGAGACGGAGUGGUCCACUCCUUGCGGGUUUAACCUGCACAGACUCUCUUCAGACCUCAUUUGACACACCUGGCGCAUUGUAUAAUGGCACAGGCGAGGUGGAAUUGAGGGAUGAAGAUGGCAAUAAGGACAAGGAUGUGGGUCACAUGAUCCUACUUGCUGGUUACGGAACAAAGACCUCAUUCAAAAGAAAAAAGGGAAAAAGAAAGUAUAAAAUAGAAAAGUACUUCAUCUAUCAGACGUCGUGGGGACCAAAAAGCGGCGGAGAGGGAGAUGGCUCAGGAAGAAUUGAAUUGAGAGCCCUGUCAAAUGUGAUAAAGCUGGCUGUAAAUUGCCCCCAUGUUAAGCUUGGGUGGCGGCGUGUCUUAAGAGGGAGACAGAGAGUCUGAUCAAAGAGUAAGAGUUAAAUGGAGCCCUUUUCCUGGAGAUUGUAAACAGUGAGAUUGUAAAGCCCUAGAUUAGAAUUAACUUGGUUUUGCUGGAAAGGGUGUUUUUUGCAUAUUCAUCUUAUGUGGCUUAAGUAUGCAUUCUGGACAUAUUAGUUUGUAAAGCCCUUUUCCUUUUUCUUAUCUCUGAUUACUGUGAAGUUUAUCUGUAUAACUUGCAUUUUCUCGUUUCUUUUGUUGCUUUGUUUAUAAUUUUUCACAUCUGGUUCCUCAAUUGAUUGGAGAGGGUUUUUUCGGAAGACAAAAUUUCCCAGCUGAGCAUAUCUCCAUGAAUACGGCUGAAGGCGCCACUCACACAAGGGUUUUGCAAAGAAGUAAAAUCCCGCCCUCUAUAUGGCUGAAAUGGAACAGGAUUGAUAAAAAGAUGGGGAAAGGAGGAUUUGGUCAACUGUAUGUGGGCCAUCCACACAUACAGGGGCUUUUUUUAAAAUGUGGAUGGUAAAAAGUCCAGGAGCUGUAGAAGUAGCUCUAAAAUUUGAGCACAAGAGCACGCAAGGAUGUAACUAUGGACUACCUUCUGAGUGGCAAGCCUGUAAGUAUGAUUUUUUUUUCCCUGGUUGUUGCUGAUUUUAUAGUGCUGAAAUCAACAUCCACUACUAUGUUUCUGUGCACUUGGUGGCAAUCAUGGUAAACCGUCUGUUCAUUGUAAAGGCCGCCAAGGUAAUGGAUAUGGUUGGUCCAAGUUUGCAGUGCAAGACUUUCUGGGAUAAGGAUGAGAAGCUAUGCAUAUACAUAACUUAUGUGUUGUUGGCGUGAAUGCUUUUCUUCCCGAUCUGCUUUCCCAUGCAUGGAAAUAAUUGGGUUGCACUAAAGAGAUAACUGGAUGAGCAUUUGAUAAUGAUAAUGAUGACAUUCAUCUUGAUAACGUGGGGUUAAUUGAUGAUGCUGACCAAAGAGAUUUCAAAGACAUGGGUAGUGAGGUUAAAUCCUUCUCAACAGAAUUAUGGACUACCUUCUGAGUGGCAAGCCUUGCAUUGGUGGCAAUCAUGGUUGGGAUAAGGAUGAGAAGCUAUGCAUAUACAUAACUUAUGUGUUGUUGGCGUGAAUGCUUUUCUUCCCGAUCUGCUUUCCCAUGCAUGGAAAUAAUUGGGUUGCACUAAAGAGAUAACUGGAUGAGCAUUUGAUAAUGAUAAUGAUGACAUUCAUGUUGAUAACGUGGGGUUAAUUGAUGAUGCUGGCCAAAGAGAUUUCAAAGACAUGGGUAGUGAGGUUAAAUCCUUCUCAACAGAAUUAUGGACUACCUUCUGAGUGGCAAGCCUUGCAUUGUGGCAAUCAUGGUAAACUGUCUGUUCAUUGUAAAGGCCGCCAAGGUUAUGGAUAUGCUUGGUCCAAGUUUGCAGAUUGGAGAAGAUGCGAUAACAAAAUAAGGAGCGGCCAAGGUGAUGAUUUGAUCCGUGCAUCUUGUUAAAGAAAUACACAUACAAUAUCGAUGAUUAAACUCUGAAGAUUUGAAGAUAUGGGAAAACAGGAAAAGGAAAUGUAGAGCAGUAGAAAGAAGAUGUACUCACAUUGUUGCUGAUAUAUAUGAUGGAAUCUCCACAUGAAGUUCGUCGAUUCUAUACCAAAGUCGCUGAGUUUUCCUUAUUCAGGAUAUGUUUUGGAGUUGUGAAGAUGUUGAGUAUUCAAGAGUUUACUACUUCCACGAUAAAAUGGACGAUACAAUUGAGGCAGGUGAGUGGUUGUCCAACAUUCAGGAACAACAAUGUUGCAAGUACAAUGGAGAGCAUUCUCAAGAUGAUGAGAUAUAUUUUGUGCCUGUAUACAGACUCAACACAGGAUUGAGAUGGACAAGAGAGUCGGGAAGUUUUGUACUGGACCAAUGUUAGUUCCUCCACAACAGCAAAUGUCACGAGUUGUUCAGCAAUUACCACCCAAUGUUAUAUAUGGCCAACCCCAACCCCAUCCACAACCGCAAGGUUAUCGUCCAGUUGGGUAUCAACAGUGACAACUUUCUGAGUCAAUCAUUUGUGGUUAAAAAAUUAUAAAAUUGAUUUGGAUUUAUACCUUUGAUCCUUUGAAAAUGAGGAUGGACUGAACCAUGUGUUCUGAAUUGUUCUCGAUAGGUUCCUAUCCACCUGCAUACAUGAUAGAUAAUUUGUGACUCAUUCAAAUGCUUGGCAUUGUCAUUGUUAGUGAAUAUGUUCGAGCUAUUGAAAAAAAACUGUAAUGCACCAAGACUUUU